AUGGCUGGUGGAAGCGGGUUCGCAGGCAGCAACACCGGUGCGCAGGCAGCCCGGCCGCCUGUUGUCGAGACCCAGAUCAAGCCGCCACCGAUUCCGCCACAGGCCUUGCGGCCGCCACAGCCGAUCUCGUCAGUCGCGUCAUCGUCAUCGCUGUCGUCCACGUCGUCGGCGUCGUCAAGCUCGUCGGACACCACAGGCGGCGUGCUCACGUCGACAGCACCUGUGCCAGCAACAAACAGCGGCGCAGGACCAGCAUCGUCAACGUCAUCAUCGUCAUCGACAGCGGCACCUGCAACUGUACCUGCCUCGGCAGCUGGUGCUGCAGGACCACCUACAACGACAACCGUACCGGCAAGCACCACUCCUCAGACUAGCAUCAGCCCAUCGGCCGUGCAGCAAACGCCGGUGCCACCGCCCGUCCCUCCCAUGCAAACACAACAGCCACAACCAAAGACGGCUACGCCCGUUCCGCCGCCCACCGUACCGCUGAUCCAGGAGACACCGGUGCCGGCGCCGUCGAUUCCGGCCUUUGCCUUUUCGUCCAUGUCGCCGCCGGCCGCCGGCAGUGGAGGCAGUGCAACGCCCAAGACGUCACCCAAGGCCGGCGGGGCGACGGCAGCGGCGGCGAGCAAGGCGGCCAAAGUGUCGCCCAAGGCAGCAGCAGCGCCCAAGGCGGCCAAACCGGCGACCAAGCCGGCAGCGGCUGCCAUAGCUGCGCCCACAGUUGCACCUGCAACUGCACCUGCACCUGCGCCUCCGCCACCACCGCAGCAGCGAGCCUGGUCCCCACCGCGACCGCCCAUCUCGCCCGUGCUGCCCGCCGCAGAACUGCCACCGCACCUGGCGCCGACGACGACGGGCUCGGGCACCUUUUACACGCCCAACUUUGUUUCUGGGCGGGCCAUCUUUACGCAUACGGAGGCUGCCCGCGAAGCAGCAGCACACAAGGCUGCAGCGGCGGCGGCGGCGGCGGCAGCAGCAGCAGCGGCUGCAGUUGAGCCGGUGCGUGGUGCCGGUGCCGCCGCUACAACAGCGUCCAACGACAACUCCAACGACAACCCCAACGGAGACGCACCGCUCCCUCCAGCACCGGUCCCCAUCGACUUUGCCAGCAACACGGACGUGCUCGCCCUCCAGAGCACGAUUGCCAUUUUGCAGCUGCAAAAGAAGAGGGCGACGGCAGACAUCCAGGCGCUGCACAGGGCCAAAGAGGCCGCGCUGGCCCAACCCGAAGCAUUUAUGCGGCAGCUGCAGGGGAUCCGCGAAGGCGGCGCUGCGGCAGACGACUCCUCUGUAAGCGACAGCGAUAGUGGUGACGAGGACGACGACGACAAUUACGGCAACGGUGCCGGUCUUGGCGCCGCCGAUAAGGACGGCGACGUGGAUAUGGUGACGGAGACCGACGAGGGCAGGCCGUCGUCCGGGACGGUUCAUCAUAAUACCGACAGCACCUCCAUUUCGACGUCACCGACCCGCCUCCUGCCAACGCCCGACACGCCGUCCGUCCAUGGAUCGGCGUCGUCCAACUCCACGGGCGGCCAGGGCGGGCGUGCAGCACCACCCGGCCGCCGCAUGGCUACCGCACGCGGUCGGCUCAGCCAGGCCAACCGAAACGGCGACGGCGGCGGCGACGUUGCCGCGCUCCCCGACCUCCGCAAACUGCCGCAACCGCAAAACGUCGUGCGCAUGCCGCCCAUCAACUGGAACAAGUACGCCGUCGUCGGCGAAGGGCUCGAGAAGCUGCACGCCGAGCAGAUCCGCCGCCCGCCCGUCGGUGCGCCGGCAUCGGCCCGUGUUGUCGAGGGAAGCGCGCAAGGCGCGGCGUCUGCCGUGUACCAGUUUGCGGGCGGCCACCACAACGCCGCCGCCGCCGCUGCCCAGGCGCCAGCCGCGCCCGAGUACCAGGGCAUAGCGGCACCGUACGACCCGCUGGGGGACACGCUGGGCGCGCCAGGCGCUGGGUUGGCUGCCCAGCCACCGCAGCCGCCGCCUGCACCUGCUGCACCUCCUGCACCGCUCGCUCCGGCCACGGUCCAGACGACCGACCCCUUCGGUAUCCAGCAUGGUGUCCAGAAUGGUGCCCUUGCCAGUGGAAAUGGCAAGGGCACGGCAACGACACCCGUCAACCCGGGUGCCGCCCAGACGGCGGCAGCCACGGCCGCGCGACGCGGCCGGUCGUCUAUGUCGCGGCGCUAG